AUGGAUUGGCAAAAAAAUCGUCCUUCGAAGUUUAGAUUCAUUUUUGGUAAAGCUUCUAAUAAGAGGUUAUAUUAUGAUAAUGUUAAAGUGACUACAAAUGCAUGGGAUUCCAAUUUAUUAAAAACAAAUGGUAAAUUUAUUUCAUUGACAUGGAAAUCCACAGGUGGUGGAGCAUUUGCCGUUAUACCAAUUGAAGAGGUAGGUAAGUUUUCUGAUGAUGUCCCUUUGUUUCGUGGUCAUACUGCACAAGUUUUAGAUACAGAUUUUGAUCCCUUUAAUGACCAUCGUAUUGCUUCAGCAUCUGAUGACGGAAAGGUUGGUAUUUGGGAAAUACCUAAAAGGUAUUCAUUUGGUCGGUAUAGAAGUAUCAGCGGAGGUGGGUUUAAAUUGUCUAAGAAUAUUACACCUUUAAAGAUGUUAGUGGGGCAUUCGAAGAGAGUGGGGCAUGUUCUUUAUCAUCCUUUAGCAAAGGAUGUAUUAGCCUCAUCUUCAUUUGAUAAUUCCAUAAAAAUUUGGAGAGUGGAUACUGGUGAAGACUUAAUUACAUUACUGCAUCCUGAUUUGGUCACAUCGAUGUGCUUUUCAUUUGAUGGUUCUUAUCUUGUUACUGUGGCAAGAGAUCGAAUGAUUAGAAUUUGGGAUAUUAGAGCUCAGAAAAUUAUAUCUCAUUCUCUUGGCCAUGAAAGUGUGAAAAAACAAAGAGUUGCUUGGUUAGGUGAAUCUAAUAGAUUGGUAACUACGGGAUUUUCUCUUAUAGGUGAUAGACAAGUAGCUAUUUGGGACGGUUUUCAGUUAGAAAAGGGUCCACUGAGUGGAUUUUAUAAUAUCGAUUUUUCAUCAAGUAUCUUAAUGCCAUUUUUUGAUGAUUGCAAUAAUAUUUUAUAUUUGGUUGGUAAAGGUGACGGUAAUAUUCGUUAUUAUGAAUUUAGGAAUGAUCAAUUGUUCGAAUUAUCUGAAUUUUUUUCAACUGAUUCACAGAGAGGUUUUGCUGUUAUUCCGAGACGAAUGGUUGAUAUUAAGCAUAAUGAAGUAUUUAAAGGCUUUAAAACAGUACAGGAUAAGAGAAUCGAACAAGUGUCAUUUAUUAUACCAAGAAGAUCUAAAGAAUUCCAACAAGAUUUGUACUCAGAUGCUCCGUCUGAUAAACCUGCUUUGAACAGUUCAGAAUGGUUUUCAGGGAAAUCUGUUGAUGGUCCAAUUUUAAUAAGUAUGAAAUCAAUAUUUGAUGAUACUGAACCUAUUUUUAGAAAAUUCAAGAAACAUACUACCGAAGUGCCUCAUGACAUUAAUGGAAGCGAAACUGAUGUUAGUGAAGGAAGUUCAUCUGAUGAAUCCAAGCCUAAAACACCUACUCACCAAUGUAUAGAUAAGUCUACUGUUUCACCUCUUUCAAAUUCUACUGUAGUACAAUCGAGCGAUAAUACUGAUAAUAUGUCCUUUGAUGGUCCUACUGAUGUCGAGGAAGAAUAUGAAAACGAAAUUGAAACAAUGACAAUAAAUUCAUCCAUAAUCAAUAUUGAUAUUGAUGUGGCCCCUACAGUUCCAAUCAAUAUGGCUAUUGCUGGAGCAUCUACAAAACGUAACAUUAAAGACACUAUUAAGCAUUCCUCUGUGAAAUCCAAUGACAGAAUUUCUCAAGCUAAAGAAAAUAUCCAAACAUUAUUAGAUCUCAUUGAGAGAUUAGAUAUAUCAGUAAAUGAAUUGUCCAAAAUUCAACAAACAGAAAGCUCUUUCGAACGCUUAAAACCCUACGAUAGAAUGAUCAAGAAGAUUGAUCGUCUAAUAUAG